AAUUAUAAUAUUUGUUGCCAGGCUAUCGAAGAUACAUAAACGAUUUUGAACGGAAGCGCAAGGUUUAAGUUGGAAAGAGCUAAAAAAAAAUAAAGAAAAAAAGAACGGCAUUGAAAAUGGGAAGAACUUGUUACAUCGCUUAUAUCACACUUCUCUGGAUCACGACUUGUGUCGCAUACAUCACGAGAUUGCCGUGCAAGCGUCAUGCAAACUUCACAGUCAUGAAACCAGAUAUAAGAUAUGCAGGCGCGGUGUUCGAAACACAUGCAGAUGUCAAGCGCGUGAUUGCGCUUUGUUGUGUCUCUCACGCGAUGCUUGCGCUUAUUUCAACCAUAAAAUGGAUAACACAUCGUGUGAGCUGUUAACAAUCAAUUCUGGCACAGAACAAAGUGCAUCUGGUUGGAAAUUCUACUCAACAAGCUAUGGCACACCAAACAGAGGUCCAGUGUGUAGAUCUUUAGCACCUUGUCCAUACACAUCAGCUUGUGAGGAUAUAUGCGAAAGUCCUGGAUACCAGUGCAUCGCCAAUCAAUUUCAAGAACUGUCUGGAGCGGUUGUUAUAGCUCCAAAUGCUCUUGAUCCCGCUUAUGCAGCUCAAUACCUAAAUGAUGGCAAUUCAGGAACCUACGCUUGCACGGUCAGCCGGGUGGACGCCUUUAUCUUGAUAGAUCUCGGAAUGGAAAAGUUAGUGAGGUUCGUCAUGGUAAAGAUAUACUCGUCUGGCGCCUCCCAAGAAAUACGUGUUGGUAACACAAAUGCAAAUAGAGGUAACAGGUUUUGCUCAUCGCUCCCUCCAUACGGGGAAGUUGAAAUUUUGGUGGAAUGCACUAAUCCCUUGUCUGGACGAUAUGUGGUUUUGCACAAUACAGCUGGGUAUGGUGCUCAAUACGUGCGUGCGUAUAAUAUGAAACCUUACGGAGAUGUGUAAAAAAAUUGUUUUUUUUUUUGUUGUUUGUUAUUUGUUGUUUGGAAAAUAUCAUUUCGGGCAUUUAACUUGAUUAUAAAUAAAAUAACCAGAAGUUUAAUCAUUGUGAAAAUCAGAAGGAUUUUCUUUAAAAACUAUAUAUUCGUCUACACAUUUCAGUAGACAUCAUCAAAGUGUAUAUUUUUUACAAUUUAAAAGUUAAAAUGUUACAAUAAGUAAGCGUUUCUAUGGAUACGCAUAUAUUAUAUUUGCUGUUUAUUUUUUGUUUGUGUGGUGUUUGUGUUACUUUUUUAUUAAUUUUUUUGUUAAUUUUUUGUUGCUAAUUAUUGUUUAUAAUUAUUAUUGAAAAUUAAGAAUUGUUAUUUUGUUGUUAAUUAUUAUUUUGUUAUUAAUUAUUGCUGAUAAUUAUUGUUGUGAAUUAUUGUUAUUAAUUAUUGUUGAUAAUUGUUGUGGUUAAUUAUUGUUGAUAAUUAUUGUUGAUAAUUAUUAUUGAAAAUUAAUAAUUAUUAUUUUGUCGUUAAUCAUUAUUUUGUUAUUGAUUAUUGUUAAUAAUUCUUGUUGAUAUUUAUUGUUGAUAAUUGUUGUUGUUAAUUAUUGUUAAUAAUUAUUGUUGGUAAUUAUUGUUUUGUUGGUAAUUAUUGUUUGUAAUAUUGCUGUUAACUUUUGUUUCACGGAGCUGCAAUUUCUCGUCUUUUAAGGAAAGAGUAACCUGGCUCAAUGAAUUUUUAACCAAUCAAAGCAGUAAAAAGAAAAAAAUUAUACUUUAAGACUACAUAAUUAAAAAAGAGGCAUAGUUGUGUAGAUUAACCAAUUAAUGUGCAUAGAAGAUUCAACAAAAUGAUAAUUCUCUUAAUCAAUGUUUUUUUCCAACGAGUUACAAGUGCUGAUAUCUUUCUCCUAGUGAGCAUUAUUUCCAUAUUUAUCUAUUUAUUUUUAUCUAUGUAAUUAGGUUUUAAGAUGUGAAAAAUAUAGGAAGUAUCGCUGCAUCAUUUGAGGAAGCCAAAAAGUUGAAACUCAUAGUCCUAUGAAGAGUUGCAAUGAACGACUUCCUUGAAACUCAACAAA